UAUCUCUCUUCUCUCUCUUAUCUCAGUCUCCCUUCUCCAACAUAAAUGCAGCUUCUCUUUCUUCUCCCCAUCUCUCUUAUCUCUUAUUUUCCAUCUCUUUGUAGCCGUUGUUGGCGCCACCAAUAACAACCUGAAUGAAGCAGCCACCCCGCCACCCAAUAGAUAUCGUGAUGCAACCAUUCAUCGUCAAUCACAUCACAAUGCUAAUCAGCACAGUGAUCCAUAGUCGACCUGAUAUACCUCCCUCUCCACCCAUCUCUCAAGGUUUGUGUUUAUAUGUAAUAUCGUUUGUUUAGGGGUCGAGGUCAGUUCAGUUGAUUUGGGGUCGGGGUCAGUUCAAUUGAUGGAAGAUUUGGUUGUAAAUUUUGGGUUUAUGGCAGAUAAUACGUUUGGAGAUUUUAAAAUUUUUAAUUCCCGUUUGUUUAAAGUGUAGCAAUCUUUUUUGACUGUGAAUCUAUUUUCUUUCCAUUAAUUCGUGUUGAUUUUGUCCCCAACUGUGGAAUCUCUAUCUUGAACUCUGCUGUGUCAACAUCUUUUCUGGGUUUAAUUUCCAUUUAUUCGACGUCGUUGUCGCCGCUGUUCCUCUACGGCCAGCAAUCGCCGCCGGCCAAUAUAGUGAAUAUGGAGGUCCAGGCGGAAUUCAUGGAGAGUUCCAUGGCCGGAAGCACUUCGCUUUCCACACCAAAGGGUGAAGUCAACAGCUUGAUGCAGCAAGUGAUCGAUAAUUAUGGAUUGGAGGUGUCAGUGAGGCUUCCGCAGCUGGCAGCGCACACGGUGGCGGCAAAGAACACCGAGAAGGUCGAUGAGGAUGACCUCUCGAAGCGUCUUGCCGAGCUCAAGGCGCGCGGAUACUGUUUCAUACGCGACAUUGGGCUAAUUUCAAUUGUUGACUCGGGAUUUCGUUUGCGGUUGUUGCUACCCUUUCUCUCUCUUGCUGCUACUUUAUUUCGCUGAACAAUAUUCAGAUUUGGUUUUAUUAGUAUUUUUGUUCUGAUGUAUUUGUAUAUGUGUAGUUAUUUUGAAAAAAAAUUUGUUCAUUUUUUAUGAGUAAUGCAGUGCCUUCAUGCACGGGCAAUUACUAAUCCUUGGAUAAACUAGAAACUAACUCUGAUGGCUAGCCAUCUAUCCAAGAUAAAAGUAGUUUUUGUGGCAAACAUUUAGUUGCCACCCAAUGGGCCACAUUGUUAAAAGCUCUUGAUAUAUAGCAGAAAGACAG